AUGGCACUCGUCAGUAACAUGCUACUAGUAGCAUCGCUGGUCCCGCUCUCGGGCAUCUUUCUCCUCGUCCAGAGGCUCUGGAAGCAAAGAUCGCUGCGGAGAAUAGCUGGUCCUCCUGAUGCCUCGCUUCUGAGUGGACACUUCGCUCAAUUCUUCACGCCGCAUGCGAUGUCAUACCAGGAUCACGUCAUGAACACCUACGGCCGUCUCUUCAAGCUCAAUGGCUAUUUCGGUGCUCAAAUCCUUGUUACUUCCGACGUGAAGGCCCUGUACGAGAUUGUUGUCAAGCACGUGGACAUCUUCGACAGCGCGGAAUACUUCCUCGAAUUGACGCGUCUUUCAUUCGGGAAGGGUCUUCUGGCGGUGCCUAUGGCUGGUGAUGCUCACAAACGCCAGCGCCGUCUGGUCAAUCCAGCGUUUAAUCAAGCUCAUUUACGGCGCAUGAUCCCCAUCUUCCAUAAGGUUUCCCAAGAGCUACGGGAGAUCUUAACUGCCGAUAUCAAGCGCACAGGUCGCGAGGAGACAGACAUCGUAGAGAUCAUGGGUCGGGCUGCGCUUGAGCUCAUAUCGCAAGCAGGAUUCGGAUACACCUUUGGAGUUCUGAAUGGCACGGAUACAGAUUAUAGCUACGCGGUCAAACGCAUAAUACCCAACGGCGCCAAGCUGUUCAAGUACAGACCCUUCAUCCCGUUCCUCACCCACAACUUCCCCGGGUGGCUUCUUCGCACCGUAGGGAAGCUCAUUCCGAUGGAUUCACUGCAGCAGCAGUUCAACCUCGUCGACACGCUUACAAUGGCCGCCGAGCAGAUCUGGGAGGACAAGAAGCGUGCGCAUGCUAUGGGCGAGAAGGCUAGCAACUCGGAGAUGAGCCAAGGUCGCGAUAUCCUUAGCAUCCUCCUCAAUGAGAACAGUAAGGCCGCCGAGGAGGAUCGUCUGCCAGAUGACGAACUACUCGGGCAGAUCAAUACGUUCCUGUUCGCGGGCACAGAUACCACUUCGAACGCUCUCUCGAGGAUCCUCUACUUGCUGGGACUUAACCCCGACGUUCAGACCAAGCUACGCCAGGAACUUGUCGAAGCCGGCGCGCCGGAUAACCUCGAUUACGAUCUGCUCGACCGCUUGCCUUACCUCGAAGCCGUCUGCCGCGAGACUCUCCGCCUGUAUGCGCCCGUGCGCUUCCUGCAACGAGUUGCCCGACAAGACCAUGUCCUUCCCCUUCAGGAGCCGAUCUUGGACGUGAACGGGAAGAUCAUGUCCGAGGUGUUUGUGCCCAAGGGCACCGCCGUCUACUGCAACAUCAUCGGCGUCAACACAGAUCCUGCGAUUUGGGGCCCCGACGCUAAGGAGUGGAAGCCUGAACGUUGGUUGAGCCCGCUGCCGGAGAGCGUGAUCAGCGCUCACAUUCCAGGUAUCUACACGAACACGCUCACCUUUGCUGGUGGUAGCCGCUCGUGCAUUGGCUUCAAGUUCUCACAACUCGAGAUGAAGGUGAUGCUCUCGCAGUUCCUGCCCGCGUUCCGUUUCGAGCCUUCGGAGAAGCACGAGAUCGUCUGGAGGUUUGGUGGGAUCGUAACGCCUGCUACGAAGGCUGGUUCACAGGGAAGCAAGGCCGAGCUUCCCCUUCGUAUUUCUGUUCUGUAG